UUUGCCUUCACAGAGGUGAUGUCUGGGCGACUGCCCGUCGGGGGAGGCACUCAGCGAUUGCCUAAGUUGGUAGGCAUUGAGGAGUCUAUGAAGAUGUUGCUGGCAGGGGGUGCUGUGCGUGCGUCCAAGGGCAAGAAGAUUCAUCUGGUGGAUAGACUUGUACAGCCCGUCGGACUUGGUAUGUUAGAUACUACUAUAUAA